AUGGCUUCAGGAACCCCUCCACCCAAUUACUACGGGAUUCUGGAAGUUUCAGAGACCGCAACUACACAGCAGAUUCGCGAUGCAUACAAACGCGCUGCGUUGAAGACUCACCCAGACAGAGUCGGCUCAGACUCCCCCGAGCGAGCAGAGAGGACACGAAAGUUCCAGCUCGUCAAUGAUGCCUACUACACUCUUUCUGAACCCGCCAGGCGUCGUGACUACGACGCCCAGCGCAAGCUCUUCAACACAUCCACCUCAUCAACGGCUGAUCCCUUCGAGGACCCCGCCGAGGAGGUGCCGCAGGGAGAAGGCCAGAACGGAUUCUCUUGGGCAUGGAACUACUUCACGAACCAGAGUGGAGCAGAGCGGCAGCGAACGGAAGACGCCCAGUUCGGCAAUGUGUUCGAGGAGAUGAUGCGAGAGGAGGGCAUGGCCGAGGAGGGCACUAAUAGGCCAACGAGCAAGUUCUGGAGCGUCAUUGGUGGAAUGAGCGGCGGAGCCCUGGGCUUCAUUGUUGCCAACGUACCUGGAUUGGUUGCUGGUGCAGUUGCCGGGAACAGACUCGGCGCAGUUCGUGAUGCGAAGGGGAAGAGUGUCGCAGCCGUUUUCCAGGAGCUUCCGCAGGAUGAUAGAGCUAGGCUCCUUAGCCAGCUUGCUGCGAGGGUUUUCAGCCAUGCAGUUGGAAUUUGA